UGUCGCCUAUAGCAACAAAGUCAUUAGUUAUAUGUACUUUUCAACUAUGAGAAACUAGAGAUUGCAGCAAAUUCUGUGAAGAUGAAGUUCACGGUGUCAAAUCUAUCAAGCUCUAUGUUCCUCCUCGUGUUAUUCAUAGCUCUUGUCUCUCAUACACACGGAAGCAAGAUCGACCACCAUAGAAGCAACAAACAUGUUGCCCUCUUCAUUUUUGGCGAUUCUUUCUUAGAUGCUGGCAAUAACAACUACAUCAACGCAACAACCCUUGGCCAAGCAAAUUUCUGGCCCUAUGGGGAAACAUACUUCAAGUUCCCAACGGGGAGAUUCUCUGAUGGACGGUUGAUAUCAGAUUUCAUAGCUGAAUACGCAAACCUUCCAUUGGUUCCACCAUAUUUACAACCUGGCAAUAGCAAUUACUACGGUGGAGUGAAUUUUGCAUCUAGUGGUGCGGGUGCUCUUGUUGAAACUUUUGAAGGGUCGGUAAUACCCUUCAAAACACAAGCAAGAAACUACAAGAAAGUAGCAGCUUUGUUGAGGCACAAGUUAGGCAGUUCUGAAACUAAAUCAUUGUUAUCAAGCGCUGUCUACAUGUUUAGCAUCGGAUCCAAUGAUUAUCUUAGCCCGUUCUUGACACAUUCUGAUGUUCUUAACUCUUACUCUCAUUCAGAAUAUGUUGGUAUGGUUGUUGGUAACUUGACUUCCAUUAUCAAGGAAAUAUACAAGAGAGGAGCUAGGAAAUUUGUGUUCAUGACCUUGCCACCCCUGGGUUGUCUUCCAGGCACUAGAAUAAUUCAAUUAGAAGGAAAGGGUAAAUGCUUACAAGAACUUUCAGCCCUUGCAAGCUUACACAAUGGAGUUCUAAAAGUAGUUCUCUUACAAUUGGAUAAGCAAUUAAAGGGCUUUAAAUUUGCUCUAUAUGAUUUCAGUGCUGAUCUCACUCUAAUGGUGAACCAUCCCUUGAAAUAUGGUUUGAAGGAGGGAAAAUCAGCAUGUUGUGGAAGUGGACCAUUUAGAGGAGUGUAUAGCUGCGGAGGGAAAAGAGGGGAGAAGCAAUUUGAAUUAUGUGACAAACCCAAUGAAUAUUUAUUUUGGGAUUCUUAUCAUCUUACAGAAAGUGCUUACAAAAAAUUCGCAGAUCUUAUGUGGGGCUUCACCAACAACUCUUCAAAUAUAGGGCCUUACACUAUUGGAGAUCUCUUCCAACUCCCAUGACUUGUUUACUUGGCUCAUUGUUUUUCUUGCAACAAAUUAAGUCAAAAUGUUGAUCAUUAUACCUUGAUUGUGUUAACAAAUUGCAUGUAUAACCGCUUGGUCCAGUAAUAAUUAUUUACGUAAUUGAUGGUACAAUACAAUUAUAAAGCUUGUGUAAUUUAAAUGAAUUGAAUUUUGAAGAAAGGAAAUGUGAUGAAUUGUGGUACAGAGGUGUUAAGCUUAAGGUGAU